CACACUCUUGACUCUAAUCUCCUGUAUUCACCAAAUAGUUAACUGCACACCUUCACUUUUGAAAGUUGCAACGAACGGAUGCAGUCCGCCGAGCACUAGGGGACGCUGCCGUCGGAGUCACGCUAGGGAAAGAAAAACAAAGCAAUGCGGAUGCUGGAAAUUUAAAACAAAAUCAACGCGCUGGAAAAACUUGGUAGGUCUGCGGUGAAAGCAACAGGGUUCGUGCUUUGACCCCAAUGAGGCUUUUCAGAUCUGGAGGGCUUUGUGUUUGUGGCCGGUGCUGGGGUCGGGGCUGCAAAGGCCAGGCUUGGAAGUCCUCCGGACUGUAGGUGGCGCGGCACGUGGAGGGCGAGGCCAGGCUUGGAAGUCCUCCGGACUGUAGGUGGCGCGGCACGUCGAGGGCGAUCGCGGCCCCUCACCAAUCAGCACGGACACGAGCACUGGUCCUCCGAGCCGCCAGGUGGCGAAGUCAUUGGAGGACAGGGUCUAGGGCCCGGGUUACAGCCGCUGCCCGGACAGGGACCGCAAUGGCGGGCAGGGGCGGCAUGUGGCUACUCCGAGGGUUGAAACGCGGAGGCGGCGGCUUUGGGCACAGGUUCGUGUCCGGCUUCCUGACCGGAUCGCUGCUUGGCUCCACCGGCUGUGCACUAGCCCUGCACUGGUACAGGCUGCAGCAACAGGAGGACGACCAGCGAGAGCAUACAAAAGAUAGCCUGCUGGGAAAGUAUGGCAUGCCUGUGAUAGGCUCGGAUAUUCACUACUGCACCAAUCACAUAUCAUCGUAUGAUCAGGCCAAGAGGACUCCUCGAUGGGUUCUCGAACAUAUUACAAAAGAAAAGCUGCAAGGGGAAGCAGAUCGGAAGCACUGCAAGUUUAAACCGGAUCCCGACAUUCCGCCGCUGUUCCGUGCAAUGAACGAAGACUAUCUCCACAGCGGGUGGAGCCGCGGUCACAUGGCUCCAGCAGGAGACAACAAGUUCUCAGCACAAGCCAUGGCAGAAACAUUCUACCUGUCCAACAUUGUGCCUCAGAAUUAUGAAAACAAUGCAGGCUUCUGGAACAGGCUGGAAAUGUACUGCCGUGAGCUGACCCAACGAUAUGAAAAUGUCUGGGUCAUUUCUGGACCUUUGACUCUGCCCGUAACAGGAACUGAUGGGAAGAAAUCUGUUAGCUACCAGGUGAUAGGGAAGAAUGAAGUUGCUGUACCAACACAUCUGUACAAAAUCGUUCUCGUUCAGAAGGGCAAGGCGCCCUCUGAAUUGUUGGCACUGGGAGCCUUCGUUGUGCCCAACAGUCCAAUUGGCUUUGACCACCAAUUGUCUGAAUAUCAGUUAGACCUCCAGGACCUGGAGAGGAUGUCUGGGAUCACUUUCUUCCCAGCCUUGGACAAAGCCAAGCAGUAUCACAAUCUCUGCCACGUGGACACCUGCAAGCUGCUGAACUUUGCAGAGUUUACUCAGUACAUCGCCGGGCGGAAAGUGAAGAAUGCCAGAACUUUGAAAGCAUUGGAGAAAGUCAUGGGCGAGCUCCGUGAGAGUGGGAUUGAGCCAGACGAGCACCUUCAGAAUCUGUACCUGAGGAAAAAGCAAGAGGUGGAACGGAAAGAAACAGCUGAAAGCAGAGCAGCCAAACCUGGUUAAACCAAGUAGAAAUCAUGAGAUGUAGGCGGAUAUGCACAGACAUACAUACAUCAGAUGGUGCAGAGCUAUGUUGUAUCUGCUUACAUGUGGAUGUACAUUCUGUGCCGAGAUGUCCUGUGUAAGAUACAUGCAGGUAUGUAUUGACAUACAGCAGACAGAACUGCUUUAAGGUGUUUCCAGGUAUCUGGUGACAUGGUUAUUAGAUAUAUGCUUUCACUGUAUGAGAUAUUAUUUACUGACUGGCAUAGGAUAUGCAAAGUUAAAUGAUGAUGAGAUGACAGAAAUACUUUGACAAAUUAUGUUUAGAUAUGUGCUCCAAUAAGAUACGUGCUGUUAGAUUCAGCUAUGAACCAAGGGAUGUAUUGUGCAGUAUAUGUGGAUACGUAAUGAUAAAUGGUUAAUACGAAUAUAUGCAGAUGUAUGGCAUGUAUUAAUUUGAUUAUGUGCUGACAAGAUAGAUCCUCUCUUGUGCUUUACUUUUAUUUCCAAUUUUGCCUCAUUUUAGUCCCCACUUUAUAUAAUUCUUUAAAAAAUCUCCUUGUUUUUCUGGGCUAUGUACUGCUCCUGGGGUGAGGGACGUUUUGUUAAUAGUCUCCAGGCCAGAUUUCCCAUUGUGAACAGUGUGGAAAUGGGUGGGGGCAGAAAUGUGCCAUAGAAUUUAAUGGUGUAACCAUCGCAGUGCUGUGUCUUGUACAAAUUCCUCUUUAAGACAAGCUGACCCUCAAAGAUGCACUGACCUCGCUGAUUUGUUCAUUUGCACUGGAUAGAACUGAGAUUUGAACCAAAUGUUGAAGUUUACAGCACUGACACGAUCCACUGACCUGAUGCCCUGUUGGACGUGGUUGUGGGUGCACCAGCCACUUGUGAUACACUUUGGAAAAGCAAUCGUGAUGUCUACAUGAAACAGCCUGUCAGCAUAGGGAGCAAAUAUAAGCAAAAGAACGAGAGGAGAGAUGGGGUGAAUCUUUUCACACGGCAAAUUAUGAUAUGCAAUGUAUGUCCUGAAGCAGGGGAAACAACUCAAUUGUAAUUUUCAAAAGGUAAUGAGAUAAAUAUUUGAGUGUUGAACUAAUUUGAUAGUUCGGUCAAAGGGCAGUCACAGAACAAUGUGCCAGCGAGCCUCAUUUACCAUAUUGUUCUAUGAUGUCAGAAGUCACACAGUACCAGGUUACAGUCCAACAGGUUUAUUUGAAAUCGUGAGCUUUUGGAGCACUGCUCCUUCAUCAGGUGAAGUGGAGGGAAGCGCACAGAAUUUAUAUGCAGAGAGAUAAUGGCACUUGACUUUGUCCUCAUUAGAACAUAGAAAGUAGGAAAGUACAGCACAGAACAGCCCUCCAACCCAUGAUGUUGUGCCCAGGAUUAUUCC